UUACCUAACAGGCCAGCAGAUACGACUGUCGGUCGUCCCAUUUGUGGUGGUUCGACUUUCGUACGGGCCGUACCACAGAUAUCCUUGUACGAGCGACGGACAGGUACGCAUAAUAUUAGGUUGUGAAAUUUUUCGCUUGACACAACACCAUUAGUUAUUACUAACGUGACGUCAACGGUUGUGCGAUUGUGUUACCGAAGAGCGGGAAACAGCACACGGCCGCCUACGCCACAUCCCAUUCUUGGGUGAAAUCCGUUUGCCAGCCACACUUGGGUCCAAAUCAUUUAAAUCAAACUGAUUUAACUUAAGUUAUGGCGUGUCCAUUUUUGUCAAAGUUACCAACAAAUUUUGUCAAAAACUAUGUUUCGGGGCUACUCAAAAACUACGGUCAAUCUUGUCCUGUGGCAUCCAGAUUUUUAAAUAUAGGGUCUUCCGUUAAUGUUGCUGAGGAAGCAAACCAAGUAUCUGAUGUCGCAACAAAAUGUCCAUUUUUAGAAGAUGUAAAUACAAAGGUGGUAAAGGAAGUUAGCAAUGAAAUGAAAGAAGAUAUUAUAGAGCCCAAAAACGAAACAGGGAAUGUGUAUAACUAUGAGAAAUUUUUCCACGAACAAAUCAUGCGUAAAAAGAUGGACCACUCAUACAGGGUCUUCAAAAAAGUGAAUAGGUCAGCACUGAAUUUUCCUUUUGCCGUGGAAUACACUGGGAAAGAGAAGCCAGUUACAGUUUGGUGUUCGAAUGAUUAUUUAGGCAUGUCAUGUCAUCCAAAAGUUAAAAAAUCUGUGCAAGAAACUUUGGAAAAGUAUGGUUCAGGGGCAGGAGGAACUCGUAAUAUUUCUGGCAAUUCCAUGUUCCAUGAAAAUUUAGAAAAAGAUUUAGCGGCCUUGCAUAAAAAAGAUGCAGCGUUGUUAUUCACUUCUUGUUUUGUUGCUAAUGACUCAACGUUAUUUACUUUAGGGAAAAUGUUACCAGGUGUUCAUAUAUUUUCUGAUUCCGGAAAUCAUGCGUCUAUGAUCCAAGGAAUUCGCAAUUGUGGGGCUCCAAAACAUAUAUUCCGUCAUAAUGACCCGCAGCAUUUGGAAGAACUUUUGAAAUCGGUUGAUCCAUCUAUACCCAAGAUUGUCGCGUUUGAAACUGUUCAUUCUAUGACUGGUGCAAUAUGUCCUCUCAAAGAACUUUGUGAGAUAUCGCAUAAGUAUGGAGCGUUAACAUUUGUGGACGAAGUUCAUGCAGUGGGCUUGUACGGAGAUCAUGGAGCCGGUAUUGGUGAAAUGCGUAAUCUAAUGCACGACAUGGAUAUUAUUUCUGGAACAUUAGGAAAGGCAUUUGGUAAUGUUGGCGGGUAUGUUGCAAGUACAAGUAAUUUCAUUGAUAUGAUACGUAGUUACGCUGCCGGUUUUAUCUUUACCACGUCUUUACCACCAAUGGUAUUGGCUGGUGCUCGUGCAGCAAUUGAUGUAUUGGGUUCGGAAGAAGGAAAAUUACUUCGAAAAAAACACCAGGACAAUGUCAAUUACCUUAGACGAAAAUUGUACUCUGUUGGCUUACCUGUAGAGUCUACGCCUUCUCAUAUUAUUCCCAUUAAAAUCGGAAACGCCAGUUUGUGUUCAAAAAUUUCUGAUCUGUUAAUUCAAGAAAAAGGACAUUAUGUACAAGCUAUUAAUUAUCCGACUGUGCCGAUCGGACAAGAAAAGCUUCGAUUAGCGCCCACACCACACCACACUGUCGAGAUGAUUGAUGUGCUUGUAAACGAUAUGCUUGAAGUCUGGAUGAAAUUGGGAAUCCCAAUUAAAGCUACUUGCAACGUGUGCAAGAAAGAACCUAUGUGUUCAAGGAUUAGCAAUAGCAUACAAAACAACUGCCGAAUUACCAUCGAUUCAUGCUUGGUUCCUAAUUGUUACCAGCUGAUUAGUGCUUCAGCCUAAUUAUUAUUUUAAACAAAGUAUUCCUAUCCAUCAAUCUUCUUUAAAAUGUAACAUAUAAUUUAUAGUUAUAAUAAUUCUUCAUCAAUAUCUUUUCAAAUGUGGUGAUUGGGAAAAAUGGAUCUUAGGUCAGAAAAACUACUCUUUAAUUAGCUAUAAAAAUACAUUCUAUUGUUAUUAUUUUCGACCAUUAUUAUUUAAUAAUUAACAAUUGUUAUAAAAUAGAGAAAAACAUUUUUGUUUUCAAAUUAAAGUUCAUUACUAUUUAAUGUAUAAUUAUGUUUUGUUCUUUCUAAAACAAUAAGUUACCAGGGAAUCGUUUUAAGCAUAAAUCUUGUUUGUUGAAUUUUUUUUUACCAUUUAUUGUUUUUGACUUCUUUUCCAUUAUAAUUUAUAUUACUUCAAUAAUCGAAUUACUUAAUGUAUAAAAGAUAGAAAAUAGAAAAUGGAUUGUUAGUUAAUUAAAAAAUGUUUUUAA